AUGUCCCUCACGACGACCGCACCGCUGAGCCUGCCACCGCACGCCGCCCUCGAUCGCCCACACACGUCGUCCAUGUCGUAUCCUCCAACCGACGACAGGACUUCUUACCAGGGCUACUACAGCCGCCCCGCUCCCGGAUCGGCACACGGCGCACCUCCUCCAGAGGCUCCUUCUCCUGAACGUCUUCACUCCGCUGGAACUGGUGCAGCUUACGCCAAAGGCGCACCUCCUCCUCAGUCACCAUCUCAAGUUUACGCUCCUCACGAGCUUGGCCCUGCUCCGGGCUCCUCUCACGGUUACCCAGCACAGUCUCUCACCCCUAUGAGCGGGUCCGCUGGCUACCCCCCGCAACCCCCAGCUCCUUACUACGGCAUGCCGGGUCAAAACCAGGACCCAAACCUCCCUUCCCCGCCUCCCACGGCCAACGCUCGCCCGCCAACCAACUAUACCGUAGACGGUGCUCCCAUUGUCCCGGUCGGCAUCUCGGGCGGCAAGAUGUUUCGCUGCCGCGGCUUCGGGGAGUGCGACAAGGUGUUUACUCGCAGUGAACACUUGGCCCGCCAUGUGCGCAAGCACACUGGCGAGCGUCCCUUCCCUUGCCACUGCGGCAAGGCGUUUUCUCGUCUCGACAACCUGCGCCAGCACGCAGCCACCGUUCACGCGGACCAGACCCAACUGAACGAGGCCAUGCUUACAUCGCUCGCCUCGGUCCACGCUGCAUUGUCCCAACGCGCCAACCGUGACCAGCGCCGUAGGGGAGAAGUUGUCGAGGUGCCCAAGAACGCCGUCGAGCGUCCUCGGGGAGAGCGGGGCAGCAAGAGCGCUGGUGGUGCUGCAGUGCCCCCUCCUGGAGGUGUCUACCCUCCACCGGGCUACCACCCCCAGCAGUGGGGUCCUCCUCCUGACCACACCCGUCCCCGUACCGCCGGCAAUAGCUGGAUGGAGUACGGUGGCUAUGUCGGUGUGCCGGGUGAGCAAGGCCCUCCUGGAACUGCUGGAUCCGUCGGAUAUGCAGAUGACGCGGGGCCGUCUCGCCGACCACCUUCUGCUGGAUACCCUCAUGCAGGUUAUUACUCGGAGCCGCCGCCGCCGCCUUCUUCCCAUGGACGCCCGCCCACCGCCAACGCCCCUCCCGGUACCGCAGGCUCGGGGUAUGGCACAGCCGAUGAGUCAUCCUACCGACCGGUGUCGUCAAACGGUAGAGAAAUGCCCGUACCUGGUCACUAUGCCGAUUCCGAGCCUCCUACCUCGGCUCACGGACCCCCUCCGCACUCACCCAUGUACCCGCACCCAGCUGCUGCAGUGCCAACGGCUGGUAACUGGACGUCGCCCCCGGCUCACCACGCCGGCUACCCUCCCGCUGAUCCAAGCAUGUACCCACAGGGAGCUGUGCCGCCUGCUGAAGGCCAGCACCCCUAUCCGCCCGGUCACCCCCAGGAAGGUCAAGGCUAUGGUCCACCACCCCCUGGGUCGUCUGGCGGCUACUACUACCCCGCUCAGCAAGGUCACGGCUACUACGCCCAGCAGUCUCCUGCCCAACAGCAGCAGGCCACCUUCCCCUCGGCAGUGCCUCCUCCUCCUCCAGGAAGCGCUGGUGGUCAGCCUCCGGCGGGCGCUUACCCUCCCAACUAUGCCCCCCCCGGCGAGUCACCCUUCCAGUACAACGCCGGUGGGCCAUACCCUUAUCCUGGCUACGACGGGCGUAAGCGCCGCGCCGAGGACGAGGCCGGCGGUGAGCGCAAGCACUCGCGCAACAGCAACGACGGUGCCCCCCCACCUGAUCAGCCCCGUCAACCGGGCCCGCACGGCGAGAUGUGGUUCCCCUCCGCUUCUGAGCGCCGCUCAUCACUCGCCAUCAGCGCCCUUCUCGGCUCGCCUCAGCAGGACACGCAGCACUCGCGUCCCAACACCGGUGAUGUGCCCCCUCGUGGCCCCUACCCAUACCCGGGUGCCGCGCAGUAUGACGAGCGUGCAGGCGUGCCCGGAGGAGUGCCCCGCGAGCGCCCUGGGACGACGGACGACAAAGGCAAGGUCCUGAUCGCCGAGUAA